AUGUCCAAGUGGUCAUGGUCAUCGACAGGCAAUGAAGUGGUGGCCGAAUAUGCCGAGAAGAUCAAGGGGCGUGUGUUCCUAAUCACAGGCCCAAGCGAUGGUGGAAUCGGUGCAGAAACAGCCCUUUGUCUAGCCUCUCAAUCCCCAUCGACUCUUAUCCUAGCCGGCCGGAACAAGGCUAAAAUCCAACCUGUCAUCGACAAGAUCACUCAGUUGAGCCCAGAUGUCAAAUCCAUUUUCGUCGAGCUCGAUCUGAGUAGCCAGACUUCGGUACGAUCCGCCGCUGCAGAAAUCAACGCACAGGUUGAGCAUAUCGACGUGCUAAUCAACAAUGCUGCGAUAAUGGCUUGUCCAUUCUCUCGGACCGAAGAUAACCUGGAAAUACAAUUUGGCACCAAUUUCAUCGGCCCAUUUCUUUUUACCGGCCUGUUACUGCCCAAGAUACGAGCUGCGGGGCCUGGGGCACGCAUUGUGAAUGUCAGCAGCUCAGCACAUCGGUUCGAGGGUAUAAGAUUCGAAGAUCUCGACUUCGGGGGUGGAUCUGGCUAUGACACUUGGAAAGCAUACGGCCAAUCGAAGACUGCGUUGAUUUUGAUGGCCAUUCAGAUCGCCAACAAAAUCCCCCGCAAGGAAGUUUCUGCGUUUUCGGUGCACCCUGGAAUUGUUGAUUACGAAGUCACCGACAGGAAAACUCUUCAGCAAGGCUGUUCUACUAGUUUGAUUGCGGCAUUAGAUCCUAGCCUAACAGGCGAGUCUCUCAGCAUGGCCGUUGCAUUAUGCGCGUUUCUAACUUUCUUUGUUGGAUUUAGAAUUUUCGGGCUCUUACCUUAG